AUGGGCCCCCAGUCCCGCAAUCAAAAUGCUAAUUGGCCCCGCGUCUCCGGCUGUGCCUCGGCCCGGCGCCCCCUGGGAGCGAGCGGGGACGACAGUCUCGACCGAGGGGGGGGGGUCCCCGUCCCCGCCCCCACUUCGGGGCUCGCCGGCUGCGGCUCUGCGAUAAGAAGGCGGCGGCACCCCGCCCCCGCCCCUCGGGGACUCCUGCCACGCAAGAUGAAUAUCCAGCCGCGGCCACCGCCACAAAGCGAGCCUGUGGUCUCCGCCGCGCCCCCUGCGCGGGGCCAGCUCGCUCACGCCCGCACUCGCUUGUCUCCGGGGCGAGGCGCGGGCGGAAGCGGGGCGCGGGCAGCAGCGGCGCGGCUCCCGGAGCCGCACUCCCGGCGCGCCCCCGCACGCACGCUCCCGGGGCGGCCCGCCCGCCGCGCGCUCCCGGCCGGUGUCCGCGGCCCCGCCGAGCCGCCCCGCACAAGGUCACUGCGUGCGGCGACGGGUGCGCGCGCGCCCCCACCCUGCACGCGCUCCCGGCUCGGCCGCGCCCGGACCCUCCCCGGAGCCACCCUGCGACCUUGGUCCUCAGUGACAGCGGGCGGCGCGGGGGCGCGCUCCGGGAGAGCGUGGACACCCGAGCCGUCCGGCGCAGGCGAGGGAGGGGACAAUGGCAGCUCCGGGUCCUAA